CAAGCACCCCGAAAACUACUGAAAAUGAUGCAGAUCAAGUUCCUGUUCACCUUCCUUGCCCUUUUGUUGCUGGUCGUCCUGGGCGCCAAGGAAGCCGAUGCCGACUGCCUGUCCGGAAGGUACAGAGGUCCCUGUGCCGUCUGGGACAACGAGACCUGCAGGCGAGUCUGCAGGGAGGAGGGAGGAGGACGAGUGAGUGGUCACUGCAGUGCCAGGCUGCAAUGCUGGUGCGAAGGAUGCUAA